UCACCAUUAAAACAUCAGAUAUGUUAGACAUCUGCUGUGUUUGUAGACAUCUAAAGAAAUUGUAAGAGAGAGAGAGAGAGAGAGAGAGAGAGAGAGAGAGAAGAAGAAGAAGAAGAAGAAGAAGAAGAAGAAGAAGAAGAAGAAGAAGAAGAAGAAGAAGAAGAAGAAGAGGAGGAGGAGGAGGAGGAGCAGGACGAGGAGGAGGAAAAAAAAAUCAAAGCCUUGGAACAACAGGUUGGCAGACAAGGCGAAGGUCAGCAGGCCGGCCGAUGCCUCCUCGUUAUUGCAUGGUGUGUGUGCCUCGCCUCUCCCUCUCUUCUGCAGUAUUUGGGGUUACUUCAGCACAAACAGUGGCUAGUAACCUCGCUAAUGUGCUCAAAUAAGCUUUUUAACAUCCUGGCACAAUGGGUGAAUGGCAGAGUGCAAUAUCAGGUGUACGGAUGUGUUUUUGCUAGCCCUUGAUAUUAUCAUUCUGUGUGAAGCUUCAUGUUUCUUCAGUUGCACGAGUUCGUAAUAUACCAGAUAAGAAAUUUAUAGCAAAUAAAAACAUUGGAAGGAAGUCAGAUGUUUAUGUAAUGCACCUUAGUCAAAUUAUUAUAUGAGGGGGGAUUAAGCAUGAGGGUAUUAUCAUGGAAAGUUUAGAAUCUACAUAAAUAUGCCCCCAGUAGGGUGUUAUAUAUUCACAGAUCUAGUACACAAAUACAAAACAACAUGACACACAAGAAUGAAUAUAAAUAAUAUUAUUUAGAAAUGCUGAUCGCACCAUACUCAUCACACAAAUACAACAAGCAAGGAAUAACAUAAGCUAACACACGUAGCAAACACAUGUAAAGGCACACUGGAGACAUAAGGCUAUGAAAGUACCCACCACGCCUCACCAUACGUAUGUAAAAUCGAAGGAAAUAAAAAGCAGUGAGGCACGGCAGGGCAGCGGGCGACCCACGUGUCAGCUGAGGUGAUGGAUGGCCGCCGCGAAUGUAAACAAAUGUAAACAAGAGGGUGUGGCACCAUGGUGUGUGGUGGCUGGUGUGGCAGCUGGGAUGGGGAGCAGCACAAUCUGCAGGAAAGGGAAGCCUCUCCUCGGGGUGCAUCAUCCUGCAAAACUAGCCAGAACACUCCUUUGUCCUCAUGGGAUCAAGAUGUCCCCGCACCAGAGCUGCCGUAUCUGGUGGCAGCCUUGCUGGUGGGUCUUUGUGCGGGAGUGUGCUUUGUGAACUCCCUUUUUGGGGAUUUUGUCUUUGAUGACUCUGAGGCAAUAGUCAACAACAAUGACAUUCGUGGAGAAACGCCGCUGUGCAACCUUUUCCACAAUGACUUCUGGGGUACCCGCCUUACCCAUCCCUCCAGCCACAAGUCCUACCGUCCCCUUACUGUUCUCUCCUUCAGAAUCAACUACUCCUGGGGUGCCCUGGAUCCUUUUAGUUAUCAUGCUGUCAAUAUUGUGCUGCACUGCCUUGUCAGCAUCAUGAGUCUGCGUGUCUUCUAUGUGGUGUUUGGCAGCCAAGCACCGAGGGCUGCUGUGCUAGCAGCCAUUCUGUUUGCCACACACCCAAUCCACACAGAGGCAGUUUCAGGAAUUGUGGGAAGAGCAGACCUGUUGUGUGCCCUGUUUGUGUUUGUUGCCUUCCUGAGUUAUGUGAGGGCUGUUAAACAGGCAUCCGAAGAGGCUGCCAACAGAAAGCAGUCUUGUUGCUGGGCUAAAAGGUGUGGCCAAAGCAAUGUGUACCUGGUGCUGACAGCUGCUGCCACUGCCAUUGCCAUGCUCUGUAAGGAAGUUGGCAUCACUGCACUGGGUGUGUGCAGUGCAUAUGACAUCAUCCUAGCGCAUGGGGGAGUGAUAGGACGCACUGUCAUCCUCCUGGUUCUUGGCCAUAGCACCAGAGCAGUCUCAUCAUGGAGGAGCAUUCCAGAUGGUGUAGUACGUCGUAUGGUGUGGCGCCAUGUGGUGCUGAUGGUGACGGGUGUGGGCCUGCUGGUUGCACGCUGGAUAGUCAUGGGCUCCACUGUGCCCAGAUUCAUGAAGGUGGACAACCCUGCCUCCUUCCUGGAUAGUGUGGUGUUCAGGAGCUUGAAUUAUCAGUACACCUACAGUAUGAAUGCUCUGCUGCUGAUCCUCCCAAUCUGGCUGUGCUUUGACUGGUCAAUGGGCUGUGUGCCAGUCAUUGUAAACUUCAGUGAUCCAAGACUGCUGACUCUUCCAGUUCUCUGGGUUUCAUUUAUAAUGUUGCUGAGGCGAGGAAUGGCUCAGGGCAGAGGAAGUCAGACAUCUAGAUUUGUGUUGAUGGGAUUGGCCAUGGGCAUCGUACCAUUUCUGCCUGCCACAAACCUGUUCUUCCGGGUGGGAUUUGUCAUAGCAGAGCGUGUGCUGUAUCUGCCAGUGGUCGGCAUAUGCAUCCUGGUGGUGACUGGCAUGAGAGAGCUGUGUCUGGCAGGCCACCUUGGCAGGAGAGUUAUCCAAGCUGGCUACUUGGUGCUGGUGGUGGUGUUCAUCCUCCGCUGCCAACAGAGAAGUCGUGAGUGGUUGACUGAGAAGCAGCUAUUCAACUCUGGCCUUGAUGUGUGUCCCCUCAAUGCCAAGGUUCACUACAACAUUGGGAAGGUGGCUGCUGAUGCUGGGGAUGUAAUGGAGGCAGUGAGACGAUACAGAGAAGCACUAAGGCUCAACCCAGACUAUGACCAGGCCAUGAACAACUUGGCUAACAUCCUUAAGGACCAGGGUCACCUGGAUGAAGCUCUUCAUCUGCUGCAGCAAGCUACCACACUUCGGCCAGACUUUGCAGCUGCUUGGAUGAACCUGGGCAUUGUCCAGGCCUCACUAGGAGACCACGGCUCUGCAGAGAACAGCUACCUCACCGCUCUCUCCCACAGAUCAGUAUACCCUGACUGUUUGUACAAUCUGGGGAACCUGUACCUGGAGAAAGGGGACCACCAGGCAGCACUGGCAACCUGGACGAAUGCCACCACCCUCAAGCCUUCCCUAGCAGUGGCCUGGACUAACAUGCUCAUCCUUCUUGAUUCCCAAGGACUCUACCAGCCAGCUAUUGACAUUGCAGACCAAGCACUGAAACAUCUACCAAAUGAACCAGCACUGCACUUCAAUCUGGCCAACACUCUUGGCAAGCUGAAUCGCUACCAGGAGUCAGAGUCACACUUUCUGCUAGCGACCACCCUGGAUCCUAGUAAUGCCAACUAUUGGGCUAAUUUAGGAGUGCUUUACCAUCGCUGGCGCAAGUAUGAGCAAGCGCAGCAGUCCUAUGUGCAUGCCCUGCGCCUCAACCCUACCUUGCGAAGUGCCCAGGACAACCUGAGUAUGCUGCUCAAAGCUACUGGUAAGAUAACCAGAUAGCAGGACGCAGCAGUGGUGGCAGCUGCAGAAGGGAAGUGGUGAGGGACUGUUCUUUCUCUCCCUCUUCUGUUUCUUAAUUUCUUAUUUAUCUCUACAAUGCUUUAAGUGGGUUUUUUUCUUGUUUAAAUUGAAACAAAUCUGAAAAAAUGUCCACACAUUUCUUUUGUUUUUGAUCAUUUGCUUUGUUUUUUCUGUUAAGUAAGGAUUUUUUUUAGCAGAAAUGAAUUUUCUCUGAUAUAUAUUUCUUCUUAAUCUUAUAAUACUGAGCUACACAUUUCUUUUUACAUGAAUAUCAGUCACACCUCAGUAUUUAUUUUGUUGAAUGGUUUUCUGGAGAUAUUUUAGUAAUUGAGGAAGAAUGAAAGGCUGGAGGCUUUCACUCUUGCUGAGCAUCUUUGUAGCAUGUCAUGUGGUUAGGAGUGGACAGUUUGAGUAAGGACAGUGGUGUUCAGCUUAACAUUAAAAUAAUACAGAAGCAGACAUAAAGACACCCAAGCUUGUAGCAAUUACCAACGAAUAAAGAGAAAAUUUUGGCUUCCUUCUGUUAGGUACUUUAUUAGUAUUCUUAAGAGAAUAAAGAAUUGCACAGGAGAGUUUUGUGAUUGGUAUAAAGAUUUUUUUUUUUCUGCAUGUGAUAUACUCUUGAUUUUUCUAACAAUUAUUAAUGCAUUGGCAGCUUUGUAUUCUGUAUUAGUUUAUCUUUUUUCCCCCUUUUGGAAAAUGAAAAAUUUACCAGGCUACCAGUUUCCAUGGUUAUUACUGGUGAAGUGAGAUAUCACAGCUUCCACUGUAAUUGCAAAGCAAAAGCAGCUCAUGGUCCAAGUUGCUUUAUGGUGUGGGGAAAGGAAGGGCAUAUAGAACAGUGCUCUUAAUGGUGGUGAUGCAUCUCUGUCCUGCCCAAGGGAGACCUUGUAGCAAGAUACAAUAUAAUGUAGUACCUGUGUGCCAAGUCACCAGUGAGAAUGAGUGGCCAUAUUCUAGUGUUACUUUUUUGUUAUUGUUUUCAGUUGUUAAUGCACCAAAGCACAGCUAUAUUUGUGCUGUGGCUCACUGCUAUGAUUCUCAUUUGAGUGUCUAUUUAGUGAUAAUUCUGUUACUGGUUUUUAUUGAGGAUAUCAAGGGAACAAAUUUUUGGUGUGAAGCUUUUGUAAGAAGUAACAUGUAAAACAUAGUACUAUAUAUAAGAGCAUAGAACUUUGAAGAAAAAUGUUCUUCCUAUGAUUGAUAAUGUAGCAGAUUAUUUCCAUGAAUUAAAAACAUUGUGGAAUUUUGAAAUUAUAAAUUAAAGGCGGAAGACAAAGUGUAAUGAAUAGUUGUGUAAGGAAAUGAGUUUAGCUAUAAGUGAAAAGAGAUUGGCAUAUUGAGUGUUGCUGUAUAGGAAUGAUGAGGCUUUUGUAUGGAAGAUGAAAACAAAUCAAGUGAAAGCAAUGUAAAUGACCUAAAUGUGCGGGAGUGAGAAAUGGGUCUAUAAUGAACAAGAAAAUGUGAAAAAAAAUUAAAAUGAUGUAAAAGAGAUUGAAGAGAAAGACAGAGGAAGCAAAGAUAGGGUGUUACUUGGGAUGUUUACUGUAUGGAAAAGGUGGGCUGAGUAUUUUGAGAGAGUUUUGAAUGUAGAGGAAGAUAGAGAGCCUAAGAAUGCCAUAGUGGGAAGUGAGUGAGGAAUUGUUGUGUAAUGAGAGUUCACAAGGGAAGGAGUGAGGAAACAGGUAAGGCUUAGAACUUUAUUGGUAUGCAGUAGAGUGCUUGUAAAAUAUAUAUGAUUGUUUGUGGUUGGUAAGACUGCUAAAUGUGUCAUGAGCAGUAUGAGGCAAAUUGAUUGGGCAUAUGUAUGUGCAUUGAGUGUAUAUUGUUUCCAUGUAUGAGGAUCACAAAAAUAGGUAUGAUUGUAGUAAUGGUAUGGAUAAAAGUCUGUCAAGUAUUGUAGGUAAAGUGUAUGGUAAUUGUGAUUAAGAGGAUUAAAGAAGAUAAGUGUAUAUGAUGAGCAGUGUGGGUUUAGAAGAGAGGCAAGGUGUGAAUUGACAAGGUGUUUGCUGUUAGCUGUCUGAAAAGAUGAAAGAUUUAUUUUCUAUGUUUGUGAAUUGAGAGUAAGCAUAUUGAAUUGCUUGGAUAGAGGUGUUGACUUGUUUUUUAGAGGAACUAUAUGAAAGUUGGUGCUUUAUAUAACUUUAUAUAACUUCCUAUGCUCUCAUUCUCCACAGAGAAAAAUGAUCAGAAAUCUGUUUUGCUUGGUUGUCACAUUACAGGAAGGAGUAUGAUCUGUAAAUCUUGUGUGUCGUAUCACUGUAAGUUCUCAGAUAAACUUCAUGCUAAGUCCCCACAGCAUGUAAUGUGAUAGAUGAAGCUGUGGUAAGCAAAAUUUAUGCAGAUAAUUCAUGAAAAAAUGGCAUAUUAUAUCCAAAUUGGAUAUAAUGGAUAUGCAUUUAUAUUUUUUGAAUUGCAUAAUUAAUUCCUCACUCAUUGUACUUAAAACCAAGACAACUGAAUCCUCAUUUUUUACUCUCACUUAAAGAAUUCUCAUGGGGCAGGAAGCUUGUUCUUUGUGUAUCACCCUCACUAGAGAGUGGUGAUGGUGAAGGGAGAAGCAGUGUAUCUUGUUGGCUCAAAACUUGCUGGACACAUGACUGAUGAGAUUCUGUUGUAGUAGAAUAUUCAGUUUCAAGCAGUUUUUUUUCUUUUCUUUUAAUACUGACAGUUUAAUUUUAAGUUUGGUGUUUUAAAAUGAUUGAUUACCUAUACAGUAUAUACCCGCCAUUAGUUUGUUAAAUGUUAUGUAGGUAGGUGCCAACUUUUAGGUUAAACUAACACCUAUUUAUGUGAGAGUGGGUGCCAAUUCUUAGGUAAGUGAGUACCAAGUAUUGUAGGUGUGGGUAGGUGAGGUGGUGGAGGGGUAGCUGGUAUUGUUGUUACCUCUCUCUCCACAUGGGUGCUGAUACCACUGCCAAUAGUCUACCACAACCACAGCUGAAUAUGGCAAAAAAAAAAAAAAAAAAAAAAAAAAAAAAAAAAAAAAAAAAAAAAAAGAAGAGACAAAAACCAUUAGAAAUAAUUAAUGAUAUAAUUAAAAGAUCAUUGUUGGAAUUCACAUUAAAGUGCAGUUAAUUAUAUUUUGAUUGUUGUAGACAGCAAUGAUCCUGCUCUACUUAAACUCCAGUCCAAAGUGUGUUGAGUAAUUGGUACCUUUGUGUUAUCAUCAUGCCACGUAACAUUCUCAGCAUCAGUAAACUAAGUGUUGUUGUAUUGUGAAGAUUGCAUUUCAUACAUAUAUACAGACAUGCCCUCAUUAAUAUGAUUGUGGUAUGUAUUCUGGUGAUCCUUUUGCUACUGAAAUGAAUAAUGAUUACAAUUUUUUUUCAAAUUUUAAUUUAAAUAUUUUCUAGGAGGCAAUUGUUGCAUAUAACAUUUUCAAAAGGACACUUUUAUUUGCUAGCAAUGGGUUAUUGUGUCACUACUUAUUUUGUUUGAUCCUUUAUGUUUUUAGUGUUAUUGAUGUGGCAGGAAUUUUGAUGUUAAGUUUGACUUUUUGAUGUGGCCUAAGAUCGGUAUGCUUUGACUUAAGGGUCUCUGUACCAACCUUCUGGCUGGUAUGGUGCUGAGUGUGGGUGUGCUUGUCACCCCAUCAAACUAGCAGUAGCCUCCAUAGAGUUUCAGGAGCAAGUUGAGUACACCAAAGAGAUGCACUCAACACUAUAAGUCAGAGGGGUGUUUAUGAUGUCAGCAAAGAAAAGAGGAAUUGCAUUUUAAAUGGUUAAUUCUUGUUUUCAGUGAAAAGUCAGUGUAGAAUGUGUUGUUGUGGUGAAGCAUUAAUUGGUGGUGGUAGUGAUGCAUCAGAACACAGGCAAACUAUGAUGCUUCUUUUGUUAGUCAUUAUGAUUAUGCUUGGAACAUAUCCAUGCAGAAUCACCAUCAGGUACAUAAUAUUGCUCUAGUCUUAGUUUCCAUGUGGGUAUUUUUCAUCUCUUGUUCUGUUUCCCUCCUCAUACACAAGCAUAUGCAGGCUACAUUUAUGUGUAGUACUUGUGUACAUUUUAAAAUUGUGCUUAAUGAAUGUUUAUAUAUAUAUAUAUUUUUUUUUUGUGAGAAGAAUGUGUUGCAAUUACUGUUUGAUGACAUGCAUUGGGAAAAUACCAUGUGCUUGUGAACUGUUCCACCUCAUAACCCUGUGCCACUGUAUAGGGGAGGUUUGUGCACUCUUAAAGGCUUAAAAGGGUAGCAGUGGAUCAUCCUGCUUGACUGCACUUAUUAAAGUUAUGCACCUUAAUGUGUUUAUAGAUGAAGAGUAGUAUUUAUGGGGAUAUGAGGCAAUCAUAGCAUAAGUGUGUUUAGAGUUUGAAUGUGAAGCAGACAGAUGAUGUGUAACUAGCAUAUUGUAUAUGUAACACUGCUCGUGUGCUUAGUAGGGCUUCUUUUUAUCUUGAAUUCAAACUGAUUUAGACCUGCAUAAAAAAUUACUAUAUGUUUAUGUGCUUUUUCUAAGAAUGACAUGUUCAGUUUUCUCUCCUGUGGACACACUGAGUUGGGUGAGGAGCCAAUGUGGAAUAUGUUAUUGUGUAAUGUUAUGCGUAAAUUGUACAAAAUAGUCUUUAACACUUGUAUGCUUGUCCAUUCAUCAGGUAUACUUGCUCUGAAGAUUGGAAGCAGUUGGCUUGGCUUGGGCCAGAGCAUCUUAUGUUAGCUUGCAGUCUGAUCUUCCUCUUGCUUGCAACUGUAGCUACAGGAGGUGGCUGGUCUGCUCUUGAGUAUGUAAAGAAAUUAUGUAACUUGCCAGAAAAAAAGUAGAGGUCAUGCACCCAAUAGCAUGUAAUGUUGAAGUGUUCAUGAAAUCUGGUUGAGCUGGGGAGUGAAGGACAUACUGGUGAGUGUACUUGGCAUUGUCACACCCCUCACUUGUGUGUACGUACUUAAGAAGAAUCACUAUAGCAGCUUUCCCUCCAGCUGUACAUUUAUGUCAAAGAAAUAUGGGAUUACUGGUAACUUGCUUUUGUUACUUUAUUGUGUCAAAGAAAGUUUCUUAAUUGAAAAAAUUCUUUUCUAUUUUAAAGAUUGGAGAUAAUUAUCACUGUGGCUGGUUGGCCGAAUGCACCUAUAAAUUUUUUUCUAGGGAGAUUUUACUCUUUGGUCAGUACUUUGGUUGGCUCAGAGAAUGAAGUAGUAUUGAUUUAUCUCAUGGCAAUGUGCAAUAGACAGAAAGGUCAGUGACCAGAUCCUGACUGGUUACUUUAUAGUGGCACCUUUGUUUUAAGUUUCAAGAAAAGAUGGAUUUAUCCAUAAAACAGCCACAUGCUAAAAACCUCUUCAUAAAAUGCCAUAUGUUAGAUAUGAUUUACCGUUGUUUUAUGUUUUAGAUAACAUUUAUAACUUGCAAAUGAGAGGUGUGCUCAUAGAGGAGUAUAUGUAAUUUAUUUAGGCUACCUUGGCGCCCAGUGGACGGGUGUUGGCACACUGCCUGGCGUCAUGUUUUCUUGUUUUGUUAUGUUUUGUAAAAAAAAAAAUUAAAGUUAAAACAAGUAAAA